UCAAAUAUUCAUUUGUUUGGUUCUUUGCUACGCCUCAACCAAGAAUUUUCUGUCUCCUUAUAAAAGUGUGACUAAUAUUAGUUCAACAUUAAUUUUGAUUUAAUUGAAAACAAUUCCAGAAGAAUGUGCACGGAACAAUUGUUUCAUCGUUAAUUCUUUUCACAUAUUGCACGUGAAAAGAGAGAGGAAUAACAUUCAGAAGAUUUACACUUGAAUUGAAUAGUUGUCAAUUAUCUACAAAUUACUCGAAUGUGUGGUGUGUUCUCGUUAUUAAAGUGAUUUUUUUUAUAAAUCUCGCGUGUCAUCACUACAGUGCAUUCUUUCGUAUUGAACGUGUCCGCUGUGUUUAUGUUAAGUGAAUGUUUAGAAUAAAGUAAGGUUAGAAGUAGAAAUAAAACAAACAACAUUAGCAAUGCCAAUAGAUGAAAAUAACAACAGAAACCGCACAUUUGCUGAAAUCAGCCAAAAUAUAAUAAACAGAUUAGAUGAAAUGUUAGAAAAACUAGAUCAAAUACUAGAACUACUACCACAACAACCGAACAACCCAAACAAUGUCAAUAAAUGAAAAUUUCGGCGCGUCGUCACCUACCAUUGUAAAAGAACUUUCUGAACAAUUUAAACAAACACAAGAAAUAUUACGAAUACAACACAACCAAGUAAUACAAGCACUAAAUGAUAACACAGAAAUAAUACGGCAAAUACUACAACAAGAAACAGCAAAAAACGAAAAAAAAAAAACAGUAAAAGAAGAACAAAGAUAAUAAAUAAAAGAUAUACAACAACAACAACAACAACAACCCGAUCAACAUUAAAAAUGUCAAGAAACGAAAUUUUCGGUGCGUCGUCAGUUACCAUUGUAAAAGAAGGAUGGCUGUACAAGCGUGGUGAACACAUUAAAAAUUGGCGACCAAGAUAUUUCAUUUUGCGUAACGAUGGUUCCCUAAUGGGCUACAAAUCGAAACCAGACGAAACCAAUUUCGCUGAACAGCUAAAUAAUUUCAAUGUCAGAGGUUGCCAAAUAAUGACUUUAGACCGUCCAAAACCAUACACAUUCAUUAUACGUGGAUUACAAUGGACAAAUGUCAUCGAACGAACAUUUCACGUGGACAGUGAACAAGAGCGACAACAGUGGAUUGAAGCCAUUCGAUAUGUGACAAAUCGUCUCAGUGAAAUGGGUGAAACCGCGAUGUCACCAUCCAGUUCAACAGAUAUGACUAACGUGGAAAUGGCUUCUAUCGCUGAAGAUGAACUUUCUGAAAAGUUUUCCGUUCAGGGAAUUGCGACUGAUAAAACAAGCGGCAAAACAAAAAUUACGCUGGAAAACUUUGAAUUUUUAAAAGUCUUGGGAAAAGGAGCAUUCGGCAAAGUGAUUUUGUGUCGUGAAAAGUCUACUGAGACUCUGUAUGCCAUCAAAAUGUUGAAGAAAGAUGUAGUCAUACAAAGAGAUGAAGUUGAACACACAUUAACUGAAAAUCGAGUACUACGAUCAACAAAACAUCCAUUCAUAAUUUCGCUAAAAUAUUCAUUUCAAACGUUACAUCGUUUGUGCCUUGUGAUGCAAUAUGUGAACGGUGGAGAGCUGUUCUUUCACCUGAAUCGUGAGCGCGUAUUUACAGAAGAUCGAAGCCGUUUUUAUGGUGCUGAGAUAAUCUGUGCAUUGGGCUAUUUGCAUUCGCAAGGGAUUAUUUAUCGAGAUAUAAAAUUGGAAAAUCUCUUGCUCGACAAAGAUGGUCAUAUAAAAAUAGCCGAUUUUGGUUUGUGCAAAGAGGAAAUAACAUACGGUUCAACAACGAAAACAUUUUGUGGUACUCCUGAGUAUAUAGCUCCCGAAGUAUUAGAAGACAAUGAUUAUGGAUUGGCGGUUGAUUGGUGGGGAACUGGAGUUGUUAUGUAUGAAAUGAUGUGUGGACGCUUGCCAUUUUAUAAUCCCGAUAAGGAUGUUUUGUUCAAACUCAUUCGAGUCGAAGGUGUGAAAUUUCCACGCAAUCUGUCACUGGAAGCUCGCUGUUUGUUAAGUGGAUUGUUGGCUAAAACACCGAAAGAUAGACUUGGCGGUGGACCGGAUGAUGUCAAAGAAAUUAUGGCUCAUGCUUUCUUUGCCUCAAUUAAUUGGAAGGAAUUGGAAAAUAGGAAAAUUACACCACCGUUCAAGCCUCAAGUCACUAAUGAUACCGACACCAGAUAUUUUGACUCACAAUUUACCGGUGAAAGCGUCGAACUUACACCACCCGACAAUUCUAGACCUUUGGGUGCAAUUCAAGAAGAACCCUAUUUUUUACAGUUCAGCUACCAGGGGUCUGAAUCAACACUUGGCACAUCGGUGCACUCUUGCAGCUCAGCUACCAGCAUCGGUAUUUUAAUGCAGUAGAUCUGUGCAUGCACUUUUUUCAACAACAUUUUCAAUGUUGACUUCGACACUAAGCUUAGAGAAGAAAUAUAUAUAUAUAUACAAAUUUAUAGAAAUUAUGAGAUACGUUUGUCAAGAUGUCAUUGUCAAUAAAUAGUUAAUUAUUCCA